AUGAAAGUUUUUACAGAAUGGUGGAGAGUGUAUUAUGCCCCAAUUUGGUCCAAGAAAGAAAUCUGGGAUGUUUGGAAUUGGAAGUAUAAGGAUAUAAUAUCUGAGACCAGAGUCAAGGAAUUAAUUAAGAAGGGCGACUUAGAUAAUGAAUACUCUGGAAAAGUUAUACAUAUUAUUCCUAAUGCUGAUUUCACAGAUAAAACAUUUGAACUUGUCUUAUCCAUUGAUGCUAUUGCGCCUGAAAAUAAUGGAAUUCAUCAUUUAUAUCAAAUAACAAUUGCAAGAAAACAUAACACUAAGGUAAACGGUCUUCUUAAAUUGAAAAACCAUCUGGAAGGAAAUCUACCGAUCCAUCUAUAUUUCGUCGUUCCAAAUAUAAAUUGUAUUUUUGAUAAUUUUAGUUUUCAAAACUAUGUUAUAACAGAAAACGAAAAAUAUAAAGGAUGGAAUGCAACUACCAAAUAG